AUGGUUAAAUUGUCUAUCUCUCUUUGGUGUGACUACAUUAACUUUUUCCAAGAGUUUGAUCCAAUGAUACGCCAAUGUACACCUACUGGUAUUUCCAAGGCGAGGGAUCUGUUUGAGAGUGCCCUGACUGCAGGUGGUUUGCAUGUUGUUGAAGGUAGUAAAAUAUGGGAAGUAUACAGGCAAUACGAGCAGGCUAUACUUUUAACCACAGAUGAUACUGAUGCACAGGCCAAAGAAAAGCAAGUUCAUCGUAUUCAUAGUUUAUUUCACCGCCAGUUGUCUGUUCCCCUUGCUGACAUGAGUUCAACACUUACUGCCUAUAAGGCUUGGGAGGCGGAACAGAGAAAUCUUCAAGAUGUUGAAACCAUCGACUUGGUUGAUAUUUAUCCUCAUGUUGCAUCUUCAUACCAAAAGGCCUUGGAGAUGUACAAUGCUCGUUUUCAUCUUGAAGAACAAAUUUUGAGCCUGAAUGUUUCUGAUUCAGAAAAACUGCAACACUACAUAAACUAUUUGAAAUUUGAGCAAUCACAUGGAAUGUCAGCCAGAAUUCAAGUUCUAUAUGAACGAGCUAUUACUGACUUUCCUAUAUCACCUGAUCUCUGGCUUGAUUAUACUCGCUAUUUGGAUAACACUUUAAAGGUUGGUAAUAUUGUCAGCAAUGUUUAUUCUAGGGCAACUAAGAACUGCCCUUGGCUCCCACUUCCUUUAACUUUAAACAUAUUGCAUAUUUACAAACUUUUCUUUUUUAUAUUUUUAUUUCAGUAUCUUGAUUUGUUUCUUACCCGAGUAGAUGGCUUAAGGCGAAGAAUGACAUCCAGCAGUGAAGAGGAUUUGGAAUAUAAAAUAAUUAGGGAGACCUUUGAGCGUGCGUCAGAUUAUCUGUCACCACACUUGAAGAACACAGANGGUUUACUACAUUUAUACAUGUAUUGGGCUCGUUUAGAAACAAAACUUGGGAAAGAUGUAACUGCAGCUCGGGGAGUGUGGGAGAAUUGUCUUAAGAUAUGUGGUUCAAUGUUGCAGUCAUGGACUGGUUAUAUAGCAAUGGAAGUGGAAUUGGGUCACAUAAAUGAAGCAAGGUCCAUAUACAAGCGANGCUACAGUAAAAGACUUUCUGGGACUGGUUCAGAGGACAUAUGCCAUUCAUGGUUACGCUUUGAGAGGGAAUUCGGCACGUUGGAAGAUUUUGAUCAUGCAUCUCUCAAGUUUCCCCAGGUACAAAUCUACUCAAUGAAGGUGGCGCACGUCCAUACACAGUUUCAAAGGGAGAACACCUUGCAGCCCCCUGAUAACUGGUGUUGUACCAGUAUUCCGCCCAACACAACAUCUUCCAACACCGAGGGAAGGCUGGAUAAUCUGGAAAUCACCGUGGAAAGCAUUAAGGAGGAGACGGCGGCAAUAAGGCGUGACUUACAGAUGUUGAUGAAGAGGAGGGGCGAUGGUCAUAGUGAUCACGAUGAAGCUUGUGAAGGGGGAAGUACCUCCGUGAACGAUAAUGGUGGGAGGACCGAUAAUGGGGGAAGUAACCCGAAUUGGAGGAAGAGUAGACUUACCGGGGAUGCAAAGUUCUCUUCUAGAAAACAAGAAAAUGAUAACAUCCAGCUUAGAGGGAAGAAUACUUUUGCUGUGCCUAGAAAUGUCAGACCACUUGGUUUUACUGCAAAUAAACAAAUAGCGGAAGAGGGGGAUGAAAAGCCAAAAUCCAAUGAAGAAUUUAGAAAGAUGUUCAUUCGGUAAGGAUUUUGUGCCUCUAAUUUGUUACGCCGAAGAUGGCUGUUAUCUUUCAAAUACUUGGGGCUGUUGUGAUUUGCAUGAUUAAUUACAUCAUUCGACCUAGAUUAACCUUCAGGCAGUCUUCUACUUUUUACAAUUGACACAAUCUGUUUUGUAUAGCUUACGUACAUAAAAUAUUCGCAGUAAUUGACCCGUCGUUAGAUGUUUAGAUACUUGGCUGAUGCUUUUGUACCUCAAUAUUUUUUCUUGCAAUCCAUUUACUUCAAAAUGAAGACUUCAUUC